UGCAGGAGGUUAUGGUUGAGGAAGAAGAGCUCCCUCUUCAAGAAGAUAUCGUGGAUGAGAUACAGCAGCAAAUAGAAGCUAUUCAAGAGCACUUAGAGGAACUGGUGGAAGUGGAGGAGCAGCAGCUGGAGCUGGAGGUUUUGAAAGAAAGGCUACAAGAAGUCGACCUCUUGGAGUACAAAGUACAGCAGAUGGAACAGCAAACGAAUGUGGAAACAACAGUAGAUGACUGGUUUUUCCUACUGGACAAACUGCCAUAUAUUAUCCAUAGUGCACCAUUAGCAGUACAGUCCAGUGUGGAUGAGAAGGAGUCCCUGGAGAUGGCCGAGAUGGUUCAGAGAACAGAGGAGGCCGUGUUCAUCACAAGGGAGAGAUCAGAGGAGCGGGUGGUGGUUAAAGAAGGGAUGGAGGAGAGUGUUGUCAACAUAGAGACAGGAGUCAUCACUGAGCCAAUCACAUUACAGAACAAUACUUACUCCGUUCGGGACAUUGAUGAUGAUUGGUUCCUGCUUUUGGAACCAGUCCCUCUGGAGGCUCGGCUAACAGUGGGAGAUGUCGAGCCCUACACAACGGGGCCCAUCUAUGAGCCUGAACAAGAGAGAAUGCUGGAAGAGGAGAGCAGUGAUGAAGAGGAAAUAGUCGAGGGUCUUGAUGUUUCCGAGACGACUGUUGAACAAAUCGCAUUAGAGAAGACAGAACCAGUGGUCCGAUAUAUUGAGGAUGAUUGGUUCAAGCUUUUUGACCAAGUUUUUGUGCCAAUAAAGACUCCUCCCCCAGUUGUGUGGGAGACUCUGGAAGGCCCUGCUGGCAUCAGCACCAUCUCCGUGGAGAUGAAGGAUGAGGAGGAGAGAGAUGAGGAGAUGAUGGAGGAAUGGACACAAAGGCCGAAGCCAGAGGUGGUGGAGGUUAGCAGAGUACAGGAGCCGACACCCACAUUUGCGCCCAGAGACGUGGAGGAUGACUGGUACUCUGAACUGGAAAUUCCUCCUAAAGAAACAGUGAGAGUCGUUGAGCCCUACACAAUGGAAACCAGAAGAGAAGUGGAGGUGUACCAGUCUGAGGAAGGGACAUCAUUUGAAAGUACAACCGUAAUCACAAAGGAGACGACUACCCUUGUGACAAUCACAGAGGAGAGAAGAGAGAUGAAAGUGACUAUUAUGGAAGAGAGAGACGUUUAUGCUGAAAGCCCUGGAGACUACAUCACAUUAGAGGUGAAACCUCCCGUUGCAGUUUGGCACGUUGUGGAUGACUGGUUCAUGCUUUUGGAACCGACCCCAGUGGAAGUAAAGCCCUCCCCUGCAGUUUCGUGGGAGCAAGAACCGGCUGUUCCAGCUGAGGAGCAGACAGAUGGAGAACGGAUGGUGAGGAUGGAGAAGAGGACAGAAACACAGGAGCAAAGGAUGGUGGAGGUGAAAGAGGUCCAGCCAGUCAUUCAGGAGCAGAGACCCACGUUCACUCCCAGAGAGGUGGAGAAUGACUGGUACACCCUACUGGACGUUCCUCCCAAAGAAACAGUGUGGGUCGCCCCACAGUAUGUGGAGGAGACUCAGGUGAGAGAGAGAGAGGAAAUGGAGAGAACGGUGAAGAGAGUGAGGAUUUCAAAGGAGGAAGUGGUGGUCAUAGAAGAGAGAGAAGAACCUGCACAGAGGCCUGCUGUGGUCAUUCAGGAGCGACCAGUGGUUCCACGGGAAAUUGAAGAUGAUUGGUUCUUAUUGAUGGAAUCAGUUCCUGUGGAAGUAAAGACUCAACCUCCAGUUUGGGCCACGAAGAGACAGGUGAGAGAGAGAGAGGAGGUGGAGACCACCGUGAAGAGAGUGAGGAUUUCAGAGGAGGAAGUGGUGGUCAUAGAAGAGAGAGAGGCUGCACAGAGGCCUGCUGUGGUCAUUCAGGAGCGACCAGUGGUUCCUCGGGAAAUUGAAGAUGAUUGGUUCUCAUUAAUGGAAUCAGUUCCUGUGGAUGUAAAGACUCCACCUUCAGUGGCAUGGGAGCAAAUGCAGCCUCCUCCAGAGGUCUCUAGAGUGACUGUGGACACAAGGGCAAAGCAAGAGGAAGAAAGGAUCAGAGUGGAGGAGAUGAGAGUGAUGGAGAGGGAAAUGAAAGGAGUCCAGCCAACCAUUCAGCAGCUGACACCCACGUUUACUCCCAGAGAAGUGGAUGAUGUCUGGUACACUCUACUGGAGGUCCUCCCUAGAGAAACAGUUGGAGUGAAAGAGGAUGUGAUGAAAACAGUGAGGUGGGAGGAGAGAGUCACUGAGCGGGUGACCAUCAUAGAAGAACAAAGGGUCGUCAUUGAGAAGCCCACAGUGCAAGUCCAACCACAGAUGCAACAGCCAGCGGUUGUUCGUGAGAUUGAUGAUGAUUGGUUCACACUUUUGGAUGCCGUUCCUCUGCAAGAACGUUCUGUUCCCUCAGUCGAGAUGAGGAGACCUGUUGAUGUCUCUAAGACAAAAAUGGUGGAGAGGCCGAGACCAGAGAAGGAGAAAGAAAGACUUGGAGAGCAGGAGAUACAGAGGGUCCCACAGAAAAUAUUUGUGGGUGUUCGGGAAAUUGAAGAUGACUGGUUCAAACUUUGGGACAAAACUAUUCUGCAUGCAGACACAAGAGCUGCAGUGGUCUCCAAGCCUGCCGAGCACAGAGCUGUGGAGAGGGAGAGGAUUGAGAGAGGAGGAGUGAGGGAGAGAGAGAGGGUGAAAGAGGAAGACAUGCGAAAGAGAGUUACAAUCACAGAGGUGACGCGAGUGAGAACAGUACAGGAGAGAGCACCACCAGCUGUUCGCCACAUUGACGAUGACUGGUACAUACUUCUGGAUAAGGUUUCUGUGGAAUAUCCAGCUCCCCCUAGAGUUGCUCCUGUCAUCCCCCCCACCCCUGCAAAGAGGCCUGUUCCCAUAGACCAACCCCUGACCUCCACUCCCACCACACACCCCGCCCCCAUCAUCAAAUACACCCCCGAGGUGAAGAGGCAAGAGACUCAAGUCAUCGUGGAGGAGAAAACAAAGGAGGAUGAGGAGCUGACCCUUAUCAGGAGGAAGACACAGAGGAUCGUGGGAGAGAACAUCUACAUCAGACACAGUAUUCUCAUGUUAGAGGACUUUGAUGUGACUCAGGAGGUGGUGUUGCGUCGCCGUGCCAGCAUCAAUGAACUGAAGCGAAUUUUCCUAGAGGCGGAGCCGGAGUAUCACCUCAGCGAAUGGGACAAGCACUUGUCAAUCUGUCACCUGGACACCCACACACAACUCAUUAGCAUGGAGGAGUGGUCGAGAGAAAGUGUGUCUAUCAUGUAAGGAAACUCCAAUGCUCCGGAAACUUCUAAUCAACUGAUCCGAUGUCAUGCAAGGGAUCCUUCAUCAGUCAGAGACUUGAUUCUAGCCGAGGAAUCGACCAUUAAUACUUCAUAGUUUUAGUAUUAUCCUGUUAUUGAAAUUAUUUUCAUAGUUUUUUUUAUUGUUUGUCUGAUGACUUCCAUUUACAAUUUGACCUUUGUUCACCCUGGUAAUUCUAGAUAUUCUAGAUAAAAAUGCAAUAUGAUUAUGUCAAGUCAGUAGAAUUCAUAGCACUCAAUGGAUCACAAAUAAUUGAUUGGAAUGUGUGGGUUUAUUUUUGCUCAUUGUCAAUUGAAAUUUACAAAUAAAUGAGGUGUGUUGGAGUAAAUUGAAA